CAACCAACCAUGGGGAUACGUGUGCGUGCGCCCAAGAACAGCCCAACCGUGCCUGCCUGCCUGCCCAUUCGCAGCUUGCAAUGGCCAUCGCCACUGACUCUCCCCCUUCCUUCGCCCAGGUGCACCUUCCACAUUCAAUCCGUGACAAAUCGUCAAAGGUCCCAAGUCUCGCCUCACCUUCGUCGUCGGCGACUUCAUCCUCGGGUCCAAUCCAUACCCAACAAAACAAAGGAAACGUUGCCCAUCAUCUUCAAUCAUCUCCGCUUCCGUAAAUCUGUCAUUACAUCCUUCCCACCCAUGGAAAGAAAAGCCUGACCGACGCCUGCACCGGCCCCCUUCUAUUGCUGGUAUUACCUCAUUCAUGCCGUUGCCCCUUCCCAAGACCGAAAAAGU